CUAGUAAGUGGGCGUGGCAUUGCUGGGGGCGUGUCCUCCGGUCCCGCUACUGAGCUUCAUGCUUCCCGGCACGCCGAUCCAGGAAAGUCCCCGGUUCUGCCCAAUGAUAGGCCGCAAUCAUGCUGAAGACAGAGCGGAUCCUGCACCUGAAGACGCAGCGCGGCAGGACACUGAGAGCCGUGCGGGAACACUACCUGCGGGAGGACGUCAGCUGCGGCAGCCCGCUCUGCUCAGCCUGUCUCAGAGAUGGUAAGCUUUUGUCUGAAGAGCUGACACACUAUGUUGUCCCGGACUGCCAAGUGUUGCAGGAUUACCAAGAGGUGCUGGAGUUCUCAGAGUUGCGAGGCAUCAUCUUUAUGCAGACGGCAUCUCAAGCCUUACAGUAUCAGCGAGGACGCAGGCAGUAUAAGAAGCUGCGUUCCCUGCUUCGUGAUGCCCGCCAUGAUUGCAUUUAUUUCCCAAAUGAGUUCCAACAUUAUGCCUAUCUACCCCGCGAGAUGGGCGAGUUUGUGGAAGACUGGCAGACAAGGUGUAUAUACAACUCCUGCGUCUGGUACUACCAGCACUGCCGGUCUAUGGUCCCUGUCAUUAUGGUCACGGAGAACACAGAGGCGAUAAGAAGAUACAGCAAUGAGACUGAAGGUGUUUAUGUCUUAUCAUUUAAGAGUUACUUGGAGACAUUCUGGUCAGACCUGAAGGCGGCAUUGGAGCUAUACGAGUCUCUCCGACAGGCCCAGCAGGAGAGAGAGAUUGAGACCCGGGAGGGUAAUGGUAAGGAGUACCAAGAACAUCUCCCCGUGGAGGUUCUGGAAGCUGGCAUUAAAUCUGGUAGAUAUAAACAGGGUGUACUCAGCGUGAACAAGCAUCGCUCUCAGCUGGAAGCUUUUGUACGACUCCAGGGCCUCGGAGGCAAAGACACAGACCUGCAGAGUGAUGUUCUCAUCCAUGGUACCAAGACCCGGAACAGAGCAAUCCAUGGAGAUGUGGUGGCCGUGGAGAUUCUUCCCAAAUGUGACUGGAAGGGGAGGACCAGAGCACUGUGUGAGAAUGAGGCAGAUGAGAGAGCUGGGGAUGCACAGAAUGAGCUGAUGAUGACUGGUCGUGUGGUGGGAGUGCUACAACGGAACUGGAGGGAUUAUGUGGCUACUUUUCCAUCCAAGGAGGAGAUCCAAAGCCAGGGCAAAAAUGCCCAAAGAGUGCUCGUAACCCCUUGGGAUUAUAGAAUCCCCAAAAUCCGGAUCAGCACCCAGCAAGCGGAAGCUCUGCAGGAUUAUCGUGUGGUUGUGAGAAUUGACUUCUGGGAGUCGUCCUCUCUCUACCCAAAUGGACACUUUGUGCGUGCCCUAGGGCGCAUUGGUGACCUGGAGGCAGAAAUAGCAGCUAUUUUGGUGGAAAACAGUAUUAGUAUGAAGCCGUUCUCUGAGGCUCAGCUAGAAGAAAUGCCAACUAACACUCCAGAAAACCCAUGGAUGGUGGCAGCCGAAGAGGCUGAUCGAUUGGAUUUGCGUGAGACUCAUUUGGUAUUCAGCAUUGACCCAAAGGGCUGUGAGGAUGUGGAUGAUGCCCUGUCCAUCCGGGCACUGAACAGUGGGCACUUGGAGAUGGGUGUUCACAUUGCUGAUGUUACACACUUUGUGAAGCCUAACUCGUAUACAGACGUGGAAGCAAAGGCAAGGGCCACCACAUACUACCUUGCUGACCGUCGCUAUGAUAUGCUGCCUCCUAUCCUGAGUGCAGAUCUCUGCUCCUUGCUGGGGGAUGUUGACAGGUAUGCGGUGAGUGUAAUAUGGGAGCUGGAUAGCACCACAUACGAAAUCCAGAGAGUGUGGUACGGCCGGACUAUCAUCCGCUCUCGCUACAAGCUCAGCUAUGAGGUGGCUCAGCAGCUUCUUGAUGGUGAUCUUGAGCCACUGAACACUGAGCCUGAGCUACAGCCUCUCUUAAAGGACUCUGCUCAGCUGGACCGUCUCCUAUGGGCAAUACGUAAUCUGACUGAAGUUGCUCAAGCUGUCCGGUCACGGAGAGAUCAGGGUGGAGCACUGGAGCUUGAAGGGGUUGAGGUUCGGAUUCAGUUGGGGGAGGAAAAUAGCAUUGAUGAUUUGGUCCCCAAGCAGCCUUUGCAGGUCCAUGAGACUAUAGCAGAAUGCAUGAUCCUAGCCAAUCACUGGGUAGCUAAGAAAAUCUGGGAGCGUUACCCUCAACAGGCAUUGCUCCGCCUCCACCCGCCUCCACGGCAGGAAUUCUUCAAAGAGAUGAAAGAGAGCGCACAGGCUAAGGGAUUUCAUAUCGACACACGAUCGAAUAAGUCUUUGGCCGAUUCUCUAGAUAAAGCCAUUGACCCAUCUGAUCCUUUGGUGAACCGUAUGCUGCGAGCGAUGGCCACACAAGCCAUGUCCAACGCCCAGUAUUUCUCCACCGGCUCGUACACAGAGGAUGAGUUCUAUCACUAUGGCUUGGCUCUUGACAAAUACACCCACUUCACCUCCCCGAUCCGCCGUUACGCUGACAUUAUAGUGCACAGGCUUCUUCUGGCUGCCAUCUCUAAAGGCCUUAAAGAUCAUCAUCUGGGAAAUAAGGACCUGGAGGAGCUCUGUCGCCACAUUAAUGGUCGCAAUCGGGCAGCCCAGCACUGCCAAAAACAGUCCACAGAGCUUUUCCAGUGCAUGUUCUUCAGAGAUAAGGACCCGGAGAGCAAUGAGCGCUGCAUUUGUGAUGCCAUAAUAUACUCCAUCCGCACCAAUGGAGUGUUACUCUUUAUACCCAGAUAUGGUAUAAAAGGAGCCGCAUAUCUGAGGAAUACGGAGGGCCUUGUAUUAUCCUUCGCUGGUAAUGGAUGUCACUGGACACCUGGAUCCUUGCAACGUCAGUCCGACCGAAUCACAGUGGUGACAGGGGGAGGAGAGCAGACACCGUUCUGUCUGUUUGACCAUGUGACCGUAAGAAUUCGGACACAAGCCUCACGUUUCCAUGCAGACAGUAUUCGCUUGGAGAUUAUUAGCAACAAGCCUCAUGUUUCCAAGGAAGAACAGCCCUCCACAUCUAGUUCUAACCUUGCCAGGUCUGACCUGGUCAGGGAGGUUACUCGUACUGCAACAGAGGCUCAACUAGCAAAGGAAGAGGAGGCUGCAGAGGACAGAGCUCGGAAACAACACCAGGAGUAUAGGCAAACCCAGGGUCGCAGUCUGUACUCGCUACUGGAAGAGCUGCAUGACCUGGCAUUGCUCGAUGUGUCUGAAGAAUAGUGGUAUCACCCCAUUUGUAUAGUGUAGAAUGCUCGCCUUUUUAUUGUAAAGUGUACAAUAAAGAACAACCUGUUAUAUAGUAGGGAGUAUGUAAAUAUGGAUAUGCACUUCCUAGUCUUACGAAGAGGUGUUUCCAUUUUGUUUUUAAUAGUGAUUUUAUUUUUUAAAUUCAUGUAAAUAUUGCACUGUUUUCAGCCAUCCUCGGGACAUUACGCAGCAUCCCAAGGCUCUGACACGGGAAGUGGUAGAAUCCAUUUCUCACUUGUGCUGUCGAUAGAACAUUUUAUAGAGACUUUUAAAAGCUAGAUAUUUUUUUAUAAUUUUUUUUUAUUUCAUUUCUAAUAAAUGCUUUAAUUAUU